AUGGAACGAGAUCGAGAUCGUGAACGAGACAACAGCGGAGGGGGUAGCAGCGGACGCAUCAAACACUCAAAGAAACGAUCCCGCAAAAGUAGCAAAAAAUCCAAAAAGAAACGACACACCUCCGCCUCGGAUGUGGACGACUUAUCUUCCGCUUCAUUCGGCGAGGAAUCGAAACGAUAUUCGCGAUCACACAAGGAUGCGUACGACGAUAGUAGUGGCGAGCUGGAGGGAGAACUGGCCGAGCGAACAACGGUGUCAGGCAGCAAAUCCGGUGUCGAGUAUUCCGAUGUAAGUUCGGAUGACUUUUCCGCUCCCGAGGCGGGUGAAAUUGAAACAGACGUCUCGGAUACUGGCGAUGGUGGUGCUGGUGUCGUUGUUGACAAUGGAGAUGAUUCGUUUAUCAGCGGCGAUGAAACGGACGACAUCGGUAGAACGAAGAAAAGUAAAAGUAAGUCACGCCACCACUAUAGGCACCACCGGCGCAAGAAGUCGCUCAACGAUGGUGGACAUGGCAGAGGCUCAGGUUCCAAUCGAUCCAGCACGUCGAAGCGUUGGAGCCGAACGCCGCAGUCGAAAAGGGUCGACAUUCAUCUGCGCAGCCGAACACCAUCGUUGCCCGAUGUUGUGGAAUCCAGCCGAAUGGGCGAACUAAAAGGCACGAUCGCGGCAUCUUCCUUCAGCGGUUCAUCCGAUCGUUCCAAGCGGAUUAAUUCUAUAUCCUCGGAUACUUCAUCGAUGAAAUAUCGUCAGCAGAAAAAACGAACCAAGCUGAACGAUGAGGUAGCGGUAGGUGGCGAUGAUCCACUGGAGGAUGAACAUGAUGCACGAUUAGCUCGAAACAAAGAUGACGAGAGUGUGGACGCCGAUAGGGUGGCGGAAGCGGCCGACGGAAAUGGAGGGAUCGGGGCGGAUGAACUGGACGAUGAAAACGAAGAGGAGGAUGGUGAGGAGGAAGAGGAAGAGGAGGAGGAGGUGGACGAAGAAGAGGAAGAGUAUAUUAACAAUGAAGGGCAGUCGAUCGUUAGCCGGAAACGGAUUAAGAAAAGCAAAAAGGAUAAAAAGCACAAGAGAAAUAAAAAGUCCAAAAAGCGAAAGAGAAAACUGCGCACCAAAUCGAUAUCGAGCAUUGAGACAAUCUCGGAGAGUGAGGAUUCGCUGUUGGAAUCGAUGACGCCGCCACUUAAACAGUCGCCCAUGUAUCGAGGAGUAGGAAGUCGCGAAGGCAGCAAAUCGUACACGCCGGUUCACAAUGACACAAGUCUUACACCAGUGUCACCAGGGACGCCUCCGCUGCUAGACCAUCAUCAUUCAACGCGUCUCUCGCUGAACAGUCCGUACGAUAGUCACGAUGCCGUAGCACGUAGCCGAACUCCAGUCGAACGUGAUUGUGACCAUGAUCGCGAACGGGAACGUGAUCGUGAUCACAGAGACCGGGAGCGGGAUCGUACUUCGAACGCCGGUGGAAGCGGCAGCAGUCGUAAGCUGUACGUCACAUCUUCUCCUCAUACUCCACCGGUCAUCGCCAUGCAUAAGAAAAGUUCAUCAUCUUACCAUGAUCGUGCGCUGCAACAACAGCACCCCAGUAGUCCGAUCGAUUUGGACAGUCCGCCACCCCCGGCACUGCGCCACACACGGAGCAGUAGUCAUAGAGAUAGCAGUCGUCGGCGAAGUCAAUCAAACGAUCGGAGAUAUAGCUCCAGGAGGACACCUUCGCCAAAUUCCCGGUACAAACCACAUACUCCUCCACCCACAAAACGGCGACGGGACAGAUCGCCCCCAGAGAAAGAUUACUACCGAAAAUCAGACAGUCGUAGUUACAGUAAGCGAGAAAGAGAUUGGGACGACCGUCGCGGCAAUGACUCCCAUAAACGGUUACUCAGCAGAACUCCAAGCCCAAGCAGCAACCGACGAUCUCGCCGGACGCCAUCGCCUGCCUCGACGAGUAGGACGAGAUCAACGCGAAAGGGAGGAUACUAUAGCCCAUCGCCGGAACGUACCACCGGGGGCAGCAGUAGCUAUGUGUCUUCGCGUUCGAGGCAUCGCUCGCGCAGUCCACGCCGUUCACCUUUAUCUUCGUCCGCCAGCAAGCGUUACUCUAGCAGCCGAUCUCGCUCACCGCAGAUGCCUUCAGCUAAAAAGAUUGACCUACAGAAGAAAAUCACGGACACCAGCUUCUUCGCAGAACUGAUCAAGGACAAACACAAGCGCAAUAAGACGCUGCAAGAAAUUUUGGAAAACAAGAAGAAAAAUGAUGUGUCCGGUCCUGUUGGAGGAACUGCCGGAGGCAACGACAGCAAUGCUAACAACGUAACGCUGGACGGUGAAGCCCUGACAAAGAGUGACGGCAACAAUGGCACAUCGAACCCGGUGGCAGCAUCUGCUACGGAAACUUCCAGUGCUAAUGGGGUGAAAGACAAAAAUCAAGACUCCAUGGGUAACCUGACUGACAUACCAAUGCCGGAGUCAGCGACAGACCAUCCAUCAUCCCGCAGCGAUCAAACAGAUGGCAGGGUUGGCCUAACCUCUGCCAAUUGUUGUGACGUGAGCAAUAGCAAUAGUAAUGGUGGCAAUAGUGGUUUGGUUCCCGAUUCACGAAUUCCUGUGAUAACGAACAAUGCAGUGCAUCAUCAUCAUCAUCAUUCUCAACAUUGCCCUGCGACUUUCUCCGGCGCGAGCAGCAAUGCAGAAUCAAAUGCGGAACCAAUGGGCGAGGCGGCGGUGGCGGCGCAUGCCUCGUCGGAGAGCAGCAAUAACACCAACAGCAGCGUCAUUGCACCAUCGAAGCCAAAAAGUCUUACCAAUCUGCCGAUGCCGCCAGGUGUGAAUGUAGCCGAUCUGGAGGGUGCUCAAACGCCUAGCCCUCCCGGACCCAUCAGCCCGGUUGCUGCUGCAACGAUGAAAAUAAUGCCCAUUCCUACGCUGACCACUACCGGUGCCGUUCCGCUACCGGUGGCAAACAAUGCCACAACAAGCACAGCCAAACAGCGACCUGAUAGCCACCACAAACCAAACGCGUCCAAUAUGUCCGCUUUGGCAGCAGUUCCUUCGUCAGUCCCCACUGCCCCGCCCACUUCGACCAGCACCGUGCCAGGCAGUGGCAUAAAGAAAGGUCUACUUAAUCUCCCGAUGCCGCCCAUGGUGCCCGGAUCAGAGGAUUUGAGUGGCGACGAAGAUAUCGGAUCACCCGUAUUGGCCACCAAUCGUGAUUCAGCACAGCACCAAACUCAAUCAGGCCAAGCCAGUAUCAUUAACAACAAUAAUAAUACUAGCUUGAACAAUCGGUACAAAGGUGCUGUUGCUGGGAGUGCAGUCGCUGGUAGUGCGGCGACUACUACCCAGCCAUCAGCAGGCGCUAGUAAGACCCCGAUGACACGGCCCAGAAUUCUAAACCGACGCCAUUCCCGCAACAUGACCGCCCCCAUGUCCGCGUCCGGCGGAAAGGAUUGGGGCGAACGGUGUGUGGAAGUGUUCGACAUGCUUGAACAAAUCGGCGAAGGAACGUACGGACAGGUCUACAAAGCGAAGGAUCAACAGACGAACGAAUUGGUUGCCCUGAAGAAAGUCCGACUAGAGCACGAGAAGGAAGGCUUCCCGAUUACGGCGGUGCGUGAAAUCAAGAUCCUCCGUCAACUGAAUCACCAAAACAUCGUGAAUCUGCGCGAGAUUGUGACGGACAAACAGGACGCGCUCGAGUUUCGCAAGGACAAGGGAUCGUUCUAUCUGGUCUUCGAGUACAUGGAUCACGAUCUGAUGGGGCUGCUAGAGUCGGGUAUGGUGGAUUUCAACGAGCAGAACAAUGCGAGCAUAAUGCGCCAGCUGCUGGAUGGUUUAAAUUAUUGUCACAAGAAAAACUUUCUCCAUCGUGACAUCAAAUGUUCCAACAUUCUGAUGAACAACAGAGGUGAGGUGAAACUGGCCGAUUUUGGACUUGCUCGGCUGUACAACGCGGACAAUCGGGAACGUCCCUAUACGAACAAAGUAAUUACGCUGUGGUACCGUCCACCGGAGCUUCUGCUAGGCGAGGAGCGCUACGGUCCAGCGAUCGAUGUGUGGAGCUGUGGGUGUAUUCUUGGCGAACUAUUCCUCAAGAAACCAUUAUUUCAAGCGAACCAAGAACCGGCUCAGCUAGAAAUGAUAUCCCGACUGUGCGGCACACCAACGCCCGCUGUGUGGCCCAACGUCAUCAAACUACCCCUAUUCCAUACGCUCAAAUCAAAGAAACAAUAUCGCCGUAAGCUGAGGGAAGACUUUGUUUUUAUGCCCACACCAUCACUCGAUUUGCUCGAUAGUAUGCUGGUGCUGGAUCCGGAUCGACGCAUUACCGCCGAGGAUGCGCUAAAAUCAAACUGGCUUAAAAACGUUAUACCUGAGCAAUUACCUCCCCCGCAGUUGCCAACGUGGCAAGAUUGUCAUGAGCUUUGGAGCAAGAAAAGACGUCGACAGCUUCGCGAACAACAGGAAUCGGCACUCAAUCUUCCGCCAGGCAAACCUUCGGGCAGCACAAUUAAGCUGGACGGUAUAACGUUACCCGGUACCGGUGCACCGACCGGUAUCAAUAUGCUGUAAAGGC